ACAGCCGCAGCGCUGUGCGUCGCUGCUGAGCUCGUCUGCGGCUUUAUCUCGACUUAAAGGAGACGCAACAAAGAGCGAUAGCAGUGGGUGCUGCUAACAGCGUGGCUUACUAUAGCUUUAAGAACCUAAAUAUAGGGUCUGGGUGUUUAAAAUUAAUUUUGCACCGUUAUUAUAGAGUGAUAGACUAAGUUUUCUAUUUAUACCACUUACAUUUUUGCAUCUUGCAAUGCAAGAGCGUCCAUUAAAAUAUGUUUGACAAUCGGAUCAGGGCCGUUAGCAACCCAACAUUUUUCAUAUUUUAUGCCUCCUGUUUUUUUUCAAGUUAUGUUUCAUUUUGUUGAGCAUUUUUGAGGCAUCCUGAAGUAACGUAUCGAGAAAACAACUUUAGCGGUGAUGGAGCCGCAGCUCUCGAACAACAAAGAUGAGAUGGAGAAUGAGGCGGCCCUGGAGAAAUCCGCGGGGCAGAGUACCGCAUCCACCCCGUGCAGGGCAUUCAGAGGACGGGGCGACGGGUGUCUGAAGACCGAAGGGACUUGCCCACCCGAGACAAACGGAGCUGCGCCGAGCGUGGCGGGAUCCGGGCGGGUUUUACGGGACAGGUCAACGCGAGCGAUUCCCGUGUGGAGGCAGAGAUAUAUCGGGGAGGGUCAGGGUGAAGUGACACGCGAGGCUGCGGCGAAUCGCCGGAGGAAAGCGAAAUGCCCGCGGCGCAGGAAGAGCGCAGCAGCCGCGCAGGGUUCAUCGAAUGCGGCCAGAGAGUUCAGCGGCGACUGCGACCUUCCGGAUGAGUUUGAAGAAAACAAGGAUGCGCUGGUUAAUCGAGCGGCCCGCGGCAGACGGGUGCAGGUGCGCUCAGGGGCCCGCACCUGCCGGGGCUCGCCUAGGACUGUGUUUAAAAUUGAGCCAGAAAUGGACAUUGACUAUGAGGAGGCCAAUAAAGCGGUCGAAAAGACAGGAACAAGUGUGGAGAAAAAGGAAGAGGAGAGCAUGGAUGAUGAAGAUGUUAUAGAAGUGGAAGAGUGUCCAUUUGUGGAUGAUCCAAAAGAUGAAAACUAUCUACCCUAUUCUCAUAGUGAGGAAGAGGACACCGUCAGCACUGAUGAAGAUGUCUCUUUUAGAGAUGACACGAAUGACCAGAGCUACGAUCCUAAGGAAAUUCCUAAGUUGAGGCGCAGACCCCCUACUAGACUGACAGAGAAGAAAGUCAAGGCUGCAAUGCAAGAGAAUGCAACAGAUCAAGAGACAGAGAUAAAAACUGAGGGAGGGGAGAGCACAGAUGUGCAGACCGCCGCUGAAGUUGAGGAAGGUGCCGAGCCACCCAGGAAAGGGCGAAGAAGGAAAGAUGAUAAAAGCCCUCGUCUUCCUAAAAGAAGGAAAAAGCCGCCGGUGCAGUAUGUGCGUUGUGAAAUGGAAGGAUGUGGUACAGUGCUGGCCCAUCCACGUUACUUACAGCAUCACAUUAAAUACCAACACCUGAUGAAGAAGAAGUACGUCUGCCCUCAUCCCUCAUGCGGACGACUCUUCCGGCUGCAGAAACAGCUACUGCGGCAUGCCAAGCACCACACCGAUCAGAGAGACUAUAUCUGUGAGUUCUGUGCUCGCGCCUUCAAGAGCUCUCACAACCUGGCUGUGCAUCGAAUGAUACACACCGGAGAGAAACCACUGCAGUGUGAAAUCUGUGGUUUCACUUGCCGUCAGAAGGCCUCCCUUAACUGGCACAUGAAAAAGCACGAUGCAGAUGCCACGUACCAGUUCUCCUGCAGCAUCUGCGGCAAGAAGUUCGAAAAGAAGGACAGUGUGGUGGCUCACAAAGCCAAGAGCCACCCCGAGGUGCUCAUUGCUGAGGCCCUGGCCUCCAAUGCUGGAGCCCUCAUCACCACUCCUACCGGAGUCACCUCGCUGCUGGAGACCUCCACAGGCUCCAUGCAGACAGAGCAGGUGGUCCCUGAGGCCAAAGGGAGCUCUGCGAUACCAUCGGGUCAGGUGGGUCCAGCGAUGGUUGUGGAUCAGGAUCACCCGCUACACACCAUGGAGGUACCGGUGACCCUGGCCUUGACCUCGACAGAAGAGGAAAACAGUGCUCCUUCACAGCAGACCUCUGCUCACUCUCUGCAGAUGCCACUACAGUUCGUCUCGACGCAGCAACACCAAAUCCAGCAGCUACCCAUUCAGCCCUCCACGACCAGCAUCACCCAGCAGGCCGCUUUGGUCCAGCAGCUGCCCGUUCAGUCCUACAGCCCUCAAUCCCAGAUUGUCCACAUGGCCUUCAGAGCUCUUCCUCCGCAGCAGCUCCCACUGGUGUCUGUCGCACAGCAGCUGCCUCUUCAAACCACCCAGCCACAUCAAAACCAGACCCUCUCUAGGCCCCCAAGCCACAACCCGGCUCCCAAUACUCCCCUUCUCUCCCAAGCCCUGCCUGAGGCGUCCGCUGACUCCCGGAGCGUUUUGGGAUUCGGGGGCGAUCCUGCCUCCUCAUCAUCUACAUCUCCCCAGUCUUCCACUACUCCUUCAGAGACGAGACAUGUGGUCUGGGAGGGAGACGGGACUAAUGAGAACGGAAGUGGGGGUGGGGUUUGGGGGGUGGGUGGAGAGGGGGAGGAGCCAAACAUGACGGACAGUUCAGACGGCCAAAUACAGCGUGUUCUGCUGUAGUGAAGGAAGAGUGUUGAAGGUGUAAAAUGGAAGAUAGUGAGAUGACUGUUAUUUCUCGCGCUCCUACACGCCCUGAAGUUAAAUAUAUAGAGUCAUAAAUACGUUAUAUGUAAUCACAUUAACUUUUGGUAGCUUUGUAGAAAUGUCUGUACCAGGGAGACUGUGUUUUGAGUUAUUGUCAUUGUUCAUUUUGUAUAUAAACAGUUAUAGUCCCCUCCAACAACGACA